ACUUCAUUUCAUUGUUGCGUUUUAUUUGAUGACGAGGAGCUGUAUGUGGCUACUGUAGGUUUUUUCCUGUAACCGUAAUUAUUUUCAUGCUUACCAGGUGAUAAAUGUGGUGAUAAGUGUUAGAAUAGGCCGUUUAUUCUAAUACCUAAAAGUGCUCGUGAUUAUUCUGUGCUAUUAUGAUCGAUAUAUAAUUUCGAAGUGGCGGCCAACGAGAUGGGGCAAAGUCCAAGCUCCGUGUUGAGCAAGAGUGGUCGAAGGAGCUCUUUCCGGAGGUUCGUCCGUCGGAGUAAACUGAACAAAUCCAGUUUGAGUCACACGUUCAAUUUGCCGCCUUCCGAGGACUACCCGGAGCUGAUGAACGUGAACACGGCGACGGAGGAGCAGCUGAUGACACUGCCUGGCGUGAACAGGCAGUUGGCGCGAGAAAUAGUCAGGCAUCGGCAAAUGAUAGGCCGAUUCAAGCGAGUAGACGACCUCGCUCUUGUUUCAGGUAUAGGUGCUGAAAAACUAGAAUUACUAAGGCCAGAGAUAUGCACAAAUAUAAGAAAACAAAUAUCUAGAGCAAGUUCAUUGACACAGUCCUUAGACAGUGUACGGAUACAGUCUGAGAGCAAACUAUGUUCUGUAAACUCAUCAAGUGUAUUUCAGUUACAAUGUGUACCGGGACUCAACCAAGAGAUAGCCGCAAACAUAGUAGACUACCGUAACAAAAAAGGCCCUUUUAAGUCAUUAGAUGAUCUAAUUAAAGUACGUGGAAUGGAUAUUGUGAGACUAAGUGCGGUCAAACCUCACCUAAGUUUGGAAUCAAGAAAGUGUGAAAGUGUACAACAUUUAACCAAUGGACAUGUAAAUGGUUGGAACGAGGUGGAGGGUAUGCCGAAUGGAGUCUCGAGCACUCCUAAAACACCACCGCAUAGAAAGAGUUUAUCAAUGCCAAAUAACACUAAGUAUCCAAUGACGUUGCCAAAUGGUUUUGCUACCGUACCAGUGAAUGAUAUUUUGGACUUGCUAUCCGCAUACUCACAUAGGCCUAUUGUAGAAGAGAACUUUAUGUAUGAGCGAGACGGAGUAAGAUGUUGUCGACUUGCCUCGUGGAAUCUUCAUGAGCUUAGUGUGGAGAAGAUAACUAACCCUGGUGUAAGAGAAGUUGUCUGCAGGACUAUUUUGGAAAAUAAAUUGUCAUUAAUAGCCGUACAAGAUGUAUUAGAAGAGGCCGCGUUGAAGAUCAUCUGUGAUGAAUUAAACUCUCCCGUUUUAAGGAGGGUCAGGGAAUGGAGGUGCAAUAGCCAACGGUGGCAGUACUGCUUGUCUGAACGAAUAGAAAGCCGACAGUUAGGUUUCAUAUACGACUCGGUGACCAAAGGUAUCACGGUGGAAGAUAUCGACCUGGACCAGGUCUGUCUCCUCACAGAAGCCCCUGAUGCCCGGCGCCUUGUCUCCGAGCUGACAGCAUUGCGAAGCGAACGAUACAUUGUUGCUCCUCAAGCGUUCCUGCUAUGCAGUCGACCAGUGAUAGUCGUGAAUAUGCACUUCAAAGACAGCCUGGAAGCUGACGACGUCACCAGCCUAAGAAGUAUAGCAGACCUCGCGGUCUCCAGCAAGAUGGAGCUGGUCUUCAUCGGAGAGUUCAGGACGAGGAGUAAUGUGCAAUCUUUCAAAACCUGCCAAUCGGUGCUGAACGAAGAAAUUGUAACUACGGUCGACGUGAAAGCUACGGGCCAAAGCAGCAUCUUAUGCCCCGGGAUGCUGGACAGCACAUCUUUUAACGGACACUCAGGUGCUAUCAAAACAGGACUUAGCCACUUAGCCAUACCACGAGGCUGGUCCUGGGGAGGCCCAGCAUCCCCCUUCUGCCCAAUCUGGGCCGAAAUAAAGGUCCCAGAUUGACAAAAACAUACAAUAAUGUAUGGCAAUAACAUAAAUAUAGCUAAUUUUGUAUCCUCGGCUGUCCUACUCAUCAUACAAUGCCUUCUAAUGGUGUUAUUGCACUCAUAUUUCAAUUGAGAUUAGACAGCCAUUUUCAAACGUCAAAAUUGGCGCCAAUUUUCCUGUCAAUUUUAAGGUGUCAAAAUGUAUUUAUACUAUCUAUGGUUUAAGUGUUAUACUUUUUAAUAUUACGUGAUAACCUGAUUGGGCAUGUGGGGUUUUGGUACGGCUGAUGCCAUUUCAUGUGGGAUUUAAUUAUUAGCCGUUUGACAACUUGGGUUUCUUAAUUUAUUUUAGUGAACGAAUUUUUAAAUUAAGACUUCAUGUAAACUGUACAUGUUGCAAUAAUAUUUCUAUUAUUGUAUGUACAUUUAGUAGUGUAGGACCAAUAUAAUAUAGUCCAAUUUUUGCCCAACCAAAGCAUGGAACAUUUAUCGUGAAACUAAUAGCAAAUAUAAUGAAUUACCACUCUAGCUAAUUAUGUAUAUAAAUACAUUUGUAAUAUACUAUAUAUUUAUGUAAAUAAAACGUAGUCUUUGCGGGGCAUAGACUGAAAGUGUGCUUUUUAAUGUUAAGUAGGUAGAUUAAAAAGUUUUUUUUGUUUUAAUUAUUUAUGCAAAACUAUUAUUUUCGUCUUGUAAGCAUCAAAGCGUUGAUAUCAUGUGAAGUGGUUCUAGAAGUGGUGCUCUUGUUCUAACACUACCCUUAGAAAUCAGAACUUGAUAAAAUAAAACAUAUGUAUUUUACCUAUAAAUAUGUACAAUCUUUCCAUCCUAUAAAAUAUUUCAUCACACAUGCAUACUAUUAUAAACUCCAUUACCGUUUAAUAACAAUAUUUUUCCUAAAUCAAGUAUCGCAACAAACACUACAAUGCUAUAAACUUAUAAAGACUUUAUGGCUCACUAGCGCCAAAUAAUAGAGUAAAGUAAACCAUCAACUACUAGGGAUGUGCCAUAAGACACAUAAAUGCUUCGAAAUUAAUUAGAAAUCCUGGCGCCCUCUUACUUUUGUUAAUGGUGGCCAUAGCGGAGGUUCGCGUGAAGUAAAUACAGAAAUAUAUAUUUAUGUAAAAGAUGUUAAAGAAAUAAAUCCAACAUUCUAAGGUUUAUUCCCAAAAGCAAACCGUGUUUUGAAGCUUCAUUUGUACCUUAAAUUCAUUUAUUGAAUCAAUAUUCAUUAUAAUUAUGUAUGUCGGUCGUUUUCAUUUAGUUACUUCUCUAUUGAAUAAGAUCGUAAAAUAUAAGAGAUUUGACUGCUGUAACUCUUGCUACUAAUUAGUGACUGAACGUAACUAGUAAAACGCUUUCUAUGUAAAAAUGUAAAUUUUGGCGUUCAAAGGAAUUUAAUAUUUAAGAUAAAUAAAAAAAUCUACUUAAUAUUUUUGUAUUAUGUGAUUUUGAUCUCGUAUAGGAAAAAUGAUAAUUAGAUUCUUGAAAAUUUUCAAAAUUUAUUUCGAGUUGUCGGUCUUUCUGCUACUAUCUUGUAAACGGCUGAACCUACUUGCAAUAUAUUAUGUGAAAAUCUUUCCUAAAUACUGUAAUAUAAAAUAUAUGGAGUAAUAUUUUUGACAAAUUACACAAUAUAGAUAAAUAAAUCUGUCCUACAACUAAAAAUAAUAGAUAAUAAUUAAUGUUUCAAUUGUUUUUUUUUCUCUAUGGGGUAUUUAAGGGGUCCACAGAUAAUACUAACCAGAGAUUCCACAAUGUCUAUAGUUUAUCAAUUUUGUGAUAAUAAAGUAUAAUUUUAAUUUUUGUGGUAUUAUCUGAAUAAUUUGAAAUGUUUAUUACAUGGUGUAAAUUAUUGAUGAAUUUUAAAAAUAAAUUAUUUAAAUUAUGA